CAUUUACUAUCGAAAAAAAACGAAUAAAUGUGAAUGUUAAAAUAUACUCUUCGAUUAUUAUUCUCAUCAUUAAAGAGAUAACACAGAUAGCAAAUUUUAAAUGUCAGUAUCCGGAUAGAAGUUCUGACGAUUUUUUCGCAAAUGGAUGGUUCAAAACACAUGGAAUAAAACCAUACUGGUGGGCUGUUCUUUUUUUCGGACUCGCUAUUAGCGUUUAUCAUAUCAUAAUAUCAUUUGGUCGAUUUCAAUCUGAAUAUCAUAAAUACGAUACGAUAGUUGACUUCGGUCUUGCAUUGUUAUGGCUUUCGGCAGCAUUAACAAACAUAUACCCAGCGUACGUCGGUUUUAUCAUAUCGUGCAGACCUACUGACCAGUCAGGAAAUCCUUAUUCUGCAGCAAUAAUGGGAUGGUGUCAUGGUUACGUAACCAGCGUAGCAUUUAGUUGGAUAAUUACCAUUGUAUAUUCAAUAAUGGCUAUAAUAUCACGCAGAUUAUGGAAACUAUCCGUCGACGAAGAUUUUGGUGCACCUAUGACCAAUAUCUCUCGACGGGAAUUAGAAGACUUUCAUAGUCCUCCCAGCCAUGGGUUCACCGAGUUUCGGCGUGAUUCUCGUGGGGUAAAUCUUAAUCCCGGGCCAAGUACUAGUUAUCAUACACCUGGAAAUUCUGAUACUUAUUACGGAGCCACGAUACCACAUAAUUAUUAUAGUAAUAACAAUUAA